AGUUGAAAACGUAAUGAGCUUAGUUAGGAUUCCCACAUUUAUUCUUUAAAUCAAGAACAUUACAGUCUUGUUAGGUUUUAUAUUACGUGUAGCAGAAUAAAUACCUUCCACAAUGUGUUCAAAAUAGGCUAUUUUAUUUUGUGUUAUCAUACCGGAAGUUCAGCGACUUCGUUCUGGCUAACUUAUCGUAGCGUCACUAGCCGCCUCAGGCAGAGAAAACCACGGCUGUUGCUCGGUCAGUGUGGUGUGCGAGACGUUUGUGUCCUCAGUGUUUAUAUGCACUCACAACUUAACAGUCAGCAACAGUGUAAAAAAUAGCCUUCCGUCACUUAACAGCACCCCGGACGAUGAAUGGUAAGUCAACGAACGGUACGUUGGGAGGAAUGGCCUGUAUCGAGGGUCUACCCCCGCUGCCGAAGAGCCUGAGCGGAUUGCUGAACUCAAGCGGCGGCUCCUGGAGAGAUAUGGAGAGGAUGUACGUGAAGAAAACCAUGAUCCAGGACGACCUGAGCCGAGGCAGGAACAACGCCGACAACCUGCUGGCCAACAAGCCGGCCAACCUCGACGCUGCUCUGGCUCUUCUGAGGAAAGAGAUGGUGGGACUGCGUCAGCAGGACAUGUCCCUGCUGUGCCAGCUGUGGUCUCUCCAUGAGUCCAUCCAGGAGUACAAGGGCAGCUGCCAGGACCUGAGCGCCGCCUCCAGCCUCAGUAUGAUGGAGAACGGCUACUUUGACGAGGACGAUGAGUAUUACCCGGAGCCUGGCGCCACCCCUACAGGGGAACAGCCGUACGGAGAAGUUGGAGAUGGGGCUGGAACAAUGGCUGCAGCCAAGAACGGGAGCAGCAGCGGCAAAGACGACAGCUGGGACUCCUUCCGCGUUGGCAUCUAAGGCCUCUUUUAUCAGCGUUUUUCUGCAGAUGAAUUCAUAUUUUUGGGACAACAGACUGGAUUAAGCUGGAGGGAAAAUUCAGCCUCAAAGAGGGGAGUGUCUGGUUGGAGAUUGCGGCCUCUGAUAUGUUUUUGUUAUAGUCUAGAGAAGUGUAAUACUCCAGCUUAGCUUCAACUCCUCCUCAGGUGAAAUAUACACCUGCUUCAGCAGCAGGAGCUUCAUCAAACUGCAGAGCCGAGCGAACAAGUAGCUGGCUAACAACCUCUAAAACAAAGACUUCAUGUAUUCUUAAUUAGGCUACAUUAUAUAGCUCUUUUUAUUAACUUUGCUGCUUCUAUAUCAGCUGGACUUACUGUCCAGUUUCUGGCUGAACUUUUCUUUUUUUUUACAUAUACAAAAUAUAUAAACAGUUUUAUUAUUUAUUAUAUAAUAUAAAUAACAAAAGGUUCUUUUUCUUGUUACUCUACAUGGAAAUUAGUGCUGCUCCACUACCAGGUGCAGGCAGAGACUGGUUGGAAAUCCCACAACUGUGGGUGGGAUUUCCGAACUGUGCAGUCGGACUUGUUGCAAUAAGAUAAUCCAUUCUGUGGACAAGUUGAUGUAGAUCUAGUGUGUUGUACUUGUAACUGAUGAUAUCAUUCAUAUACAUAAAUCCAGACGGCCCAGAAUGAGGUGUUAAGAUAUGGAGAAAGAAGUGGGGUCUUCAUGCGUGGUAGCCUGCAGACAUGAGGGCUACACUGUCCUGUCUUUUUAUGGUGCAGAUGUCUGCUCUGAAAAUGUGAAAUGCUCAAAAUGCUGGAAACAGUUUUGGCUGUUUGCAUAGAUGAAAAAAAAAGCCUCCAAGCCCUGUCUUGACAUGACAGCUUUCUGACUUAGUGUGCAGGCCUGAAUCUGGAUGGCCCAUUGUCUGUUAAAAUAUUACAGAAACCGAGGAGUAAAACAAGUUUUAAUACAACUUGGUUGUUGUAUUUAGAGAUAUUGCCAUCAGUCCCAUUAAUGAUCAUAAAUGGGAAUGUGACACUGUUGUGAAGCAUCAAUUAGGGCAGCCAGAUCUAGUCCAAUUGUAUUUGCAAGGUUCACCAACUCAACUUAAUCCUUGUGAUAAUGGAGAUGUUAUUGGCCUUAGUAAAUACUUGCUCACCUAGUUUUGGCCUGAAAUCCGAUGGGCUUUACAUGCAUUACCUACAUUUCUUUGCUAACUAUGGCCUUCAGGUAUUGCUGGCGGUGUAAACAGAAGGCAGUGUCUCUAAACUCAGUUGUGCAAAACUAAAGAACAGGGUUGUAUCUCUGCUGGGUUUAAUUACCCCUCUUACCUUCAAGGUCAGGCUGAUCAUUAUUUUAUAUCAGUGUUCCAACAUAUCUGCAUCCCUUACAGGAGCUGUUACUAUCUCAGCUUCUUUCUAAAUCUGUUGCAGAUAGAAACCUUCUAUUACAAGACAGUACUGUUUCAUACAUGUGAACAAAGUUGGGGGAAAAUAACAUUGAAAUAAGGCUGUUUGUGUCAAACACACAAACGGCCUCAUUUCAGACUUUUAAGUGAUUUCUUUGACUGUUUCUUUCACCGGGUGAAGACGUCUGGGUGUGCGAACUCUCAUACGUAUGAUUGACCUGCUCAGUCUUUCAAUCUGCAGCAAAAAGUUCUCAGCUGAGCCCGUAGCAUGAAGCACCACAGCUCAGUACACAGCGUCUGAACCGUCACUCUGACACAGUGUAGAAAGCUCAGUUUAUUUCCAGAGAUGUGUUCUUUUUAUGUCUGUAUAUAUCGUAUGUUGUCGCCCGGUUUGAACACAAACCAAAGAAAGUACAGCACUCAACAUUGUAUUUGGUCAAAGGUGCUUAAGUACACAGUCACAACAAACUCCUUGUGAAUGAUGGUAUCUGACAUCUUGAGGAAUGUCUCUUAACGGCUCAUCUAAACCUGUUUAGUCCACCACAGCAGGUUUUAUUCUAUCUAUGUAAUCUGUGCAGCUCAAGAGCUACACUGACUGAUUGAUUAGUUACUACAAUGCUAUUAUGCUUUUAUGAUUAAUCUGUACUUUCUUUACUCCACCAUGUCAGAAAACUAAAUAUUUCAGGGUUUUGGGAAUUAAUCUUGAACUGUGAACAUCAUUUUCUGAUCUUUAAUGGACCACACGGCUAGUUGCAGUAGUAAAACCAACAGAUGGCGUGUUUAAGAAACGGCAUCUCGCAAGACUUGAUCAUUUAUUAGAUGAAAUAUUAAUUAAUAUUUUGGGAAAAUUGCAUUAAAUCUGCUGUUUUUAUUUGAAGCAGUUGUAGCUGUAAUUCAUGCAAACGCUUGUGCUAACUAGCUAACCUUUAGCUGAGUGAUGGCGCCUGUGUGGCGUCUCAUUUGAACAUCUGCCUUAUCAGCUUUAGAUGGUACUUUCUGUGGUAACCAUGGUGACAGAGUAACAGGGAAUCAGGGUUUAAAUUCUGGAUGUGAUUGCUAAUAAAUGUUUAAAGCCAGCAGUUCGACUACAGAAAAUUUCCAAAAUGUCCAAAUCAGUUUAAUAAAAUCUGUCACCGUCUUUAGACAUGAACUUAAUGUUUAACAAGGUCUGAAUGUUUGUUUUCUUCUUAACUGGAGCUUGGUGUCUGUACAGAAAUCUUCAAACAUUUCCAGUAACAUUAGCCUUUCAGGUUCCCUGCACGUCCGAAAAUCGCAUUCAGACUGUAUCCAUGUGGAUUCACAAGUCAAAUCUCGACCCAGACUUUAUAUUGGAUGUCUACACAAUUAGUGCCUUUGCAAACUUGUUGCUUGUUGUCCAAGAAAGGAGUGAAAAUGAACCAUAAACAUGCAUCUGGUUUCUAAAGCUGCUGCAUGAAGAAUUUAAGACUUAGCCCCUAAAUCCUUUUGCUAAUGGUGCAUUACAUCGCUGCUUAAAAAAUGUAUUAAAGCUAACUAAUUGUUGCUGGUCUUUCACUAUGCUCUGACUACAAAUUCCCAGAAUAAGCUGAUUAAAAGCUUUAAGAAACAUUCUUGUUCGCUUAAACAAAAGUGCAUUGACUUUGUUCCUUUCCAGGCUCUUCUGUUUCUUCUUGCUUUUUCUCCUCAAAGAUGUAUUUGCAUGUUAUUGAUGACAGCCAGUUAGACUCUUAUUGAGAAUAAUCUACAUGUGGCAGCCUUAAAACCAGUCAUAUCACUUAUGGUACGCUCCUCACUUGUAAUAUUUUGCACUUGUUUGUGUUAAAUCUCCCCGAGAACAACAACUACCUGAUCCUCUGAGUUGGUCUUUAUUACACAGGCACGGUUUCGCUCCUUGUACAGUAACACUACUGUGUCGAAAUCCAGCACAAGAGAGCUAAAAAAAAAAAAAAAAGAGAAAAGGAGCUUUAAAUUCAACACCAGCUAAUUGUACCCACUGUCGUGUUUGUUUCCUGCAGCCUAAAAAAACCCCCUUUUUCCUGUGAUUAUUGGAUGUUUAACAUACAGAUGUCAUCUCAGGGUAAACUUGUGACAAAGUGUAUUUUUGUGUGUGUUUGGCUCCUUACAAAAAGACAUUGGAUUGAAAUGUGACUCUGGGGCCAUUCUGGCAUUAUAGUGAUGUAUUUUGUGAUUCGAAUGUUGAAUGUUUUCAUGCAAGUCUCAUAAUCAAAGAGCCUCUUUCUCAGCUCCCGAUUUUUUACCAACUUUGAUCAGUCAAAGGAGGUUGAAAUAAUUAAGCCGACUUAAUAAACCAGAAUCCACAAAAGCUUGAUGUGUUAUGACUAAAGUGAUGAGUAUUUCUGCAUCAGUCACGCCUUGGUGUUUACACCCCUGCUUUAGUGGUUAAAUCACUAGGGAGGGGUGUGACACGUCACUGAGACUUGUACUGUAAUGCCUCCUCUACAAUCCACAUAAGCUGGCCAAGUUUAGCAUUUCAAGAUGUGAAUGAGCAAAGAAAAUAAGUAUUAAAUGGCAUCAAGUGAAACAGGUCAUCCAUGUAAAGAUAUCUUCUCUUUACCUGCUGGAUUUCAUUCCAUUGUACCACUCAUCAUAAUCAGUCACUGUUGGGUUAAAAAAACAAACAUUUUGAUGUAUUUUGUGUUGCAUAAAUAGAGGAUCUUUGGAAGAUGAUAUGAAGGGUUGUGUUCAUUCCUCCUGCUCUUUAAUCCAUGGAUGACCUUACUACUGUUUGUUUAGACUGUAGUCUCAAUGCUCUCCUGUCAUACGGACUAUACUGAUCCGCAUUUAAUAAAGUGAUUCCAUACUUUUCA